AUGAAAGAGGGACUCGCGACUUCUCAAACAGCCACACGACGGUACCCCAAGUAUAUGAGAGAGGAGAUUGUGAGUUGGGCGAGAGAGGGCAAGAAUUGGUCCCAAAGAGCGAAAGAACUCGGUAUUAGGCACCAGUCCGCCUACUAUUGGGUUUCCUCUGCUCACAAAAGGCCACCACAGGAGACAAAGCCAAAGCCCAAAAAGCCACGAGGACGAUCCACAUCGAGCCAGGUGAAUUCCAAGGUGGUAGAGUUUGUGUGUAGUCUCUACGAGGCGGAUCCGAAGAUGACACCGGCUCAGAUAUGUCUGCGGCUGCAAGGCGAGAUGUCUGUGACAGUCGCCCAGUCAACUGCUCACAAGUAUCUGCGGGGAAUGGUGUUCACACGCAGCAGAAUACCUCCACCCGACCACACCUCUCUGGAAGCUAGGGAGGAGACACGAAAAUACAUCUCUGCUAUCUCAAGCUAUAUGGAACAGGGAAAAGAAAUUAUUUGGCUUGGUAGAACAAUAUUCAACCUCCACACACGUAAAUCCGUCUCGCGGUUGCAGGAACUGCACAUUCACAGUCUGGCAGCAAUUUCAUCCAACCUCGGUCUCCUCCACGCCUCCUUUAAACGCGGUCCUUACACCAAGCACGACCAGGAGAUCUGGAUCCACCAGCAUCUGCAACCCGAGCUACUGUCAGAUGCAGUACUUGUUUCAGACGCCUUCGAAAACACUGAUGCCCCCACCACGGCAUCAGUGCCGAGACGCCUGCAACUAGCACCCCUCCAUACCGAGCGUCUUAACCCCUGCGAGGCCUACUGGACCAAGGUCACGGAGAAGGUGAAGACCCGUCUGCUCUCUGGGGAAGCUCAUCUACCCGCUGACAGUGCAACGGAUGAGAACCAGCGACUGGGAUGUCUAGAGCGUCUUCUCACUGACGCCAUGGCAACCGUAGCUGUUUGUAAUACCAUCUACGAAGAGGAUGGCGAGGGAGAGGAGGAGGAUGUAUGUGACAAGGCUGUUCGUGACUCCAUUGAAUGCCUUACCGACGUCCUUCAACUUGUCACGGGGCUUAAAGCUGAACAAUCUUGA